UUGGCGAAUUUCAACUUUUUGUGACUUAUUUUGUUUCAAAAAACAGUAUAAAUGUUGGAAAUGUGUUAUUAUUUGUAGCAAAUAUGGAAGAGGUUUCAUCGGAUAAGAUUGUUGAGGUGAAACCGAAAUAUUCUAAGAAAAAAAUCGUCAGAAAUAGUGCUAUUCUGUUACUUGCAUUCACAUUGGGUUACAUACAUUAUAAAUAUGUCUCAGUUCUCUACGAAAAUGUCCGUCACUUCUCGCAUUUGUCCGAGUUGGAACGUGAGAUGUCUCUUCGUACGGAGAUGGGUUUCUACUACUCUUACUACAAAACUGUUGUGCAGGAGAGGCCGUUCAUAGCUGGAAUUUCAAAGCUAAUGUACGACAGAUUAGUGGAGUACCCGAAAGAUGUGAACGCCUUCAACAGAUUCAAUAUACACCCAGAGGUGAUAAUAGGCGCCCUAUACCGUUACUUGGAGCCCUGGUUGAACACCACCGCGUACAAACAGUGCCAUAUGGUGGACAGGGGCGAAGGCCUAUGGCCUAUUGAGAGUUGUAUCGGCAUAGGCCACCCUAUCGUGUUCUACCUUGAAGCUGUGUGGGUGCUGGCCGGGUUACUGGCCUCUGUCAUAUUCCUACAUGCCACUGCGCUUAGUGACAGCGUGUUAGGCGGCAUUCUAGCAGUGACGCAAUAUUUCGCGAACCACAACGAGUGCACCAGAGUACAGUGGAUGCCGAAUGAGAGGGAGAACUUCGCUGCUCCUCUCCUCUUCCUCCAGAUGGGGUUCCUCACGCUGCAGCUGAGAGAGAGGGAAAAGAAGACUUGCUUUCAGUUGCAGAUAUCAAUAUUCAUCCUCAACUGUCUAUGCCUGUUAUUCUGGCAGUUUACCCAGUUCAUAUUCCUGACGCAGACUGCUAUAUUCUUCGUGAUGGAACAACUAAGGAUCAUUGACUUGAAAACUCUUUGCGUCUUCCUUCAUUCUCACUUCUGCGGGCUACAUAUGGCCGUGUUGUUACUCCAAGGGAACGAUAUGCUAAAAUCUUCACUUUAUGCCUCUUUUUUCUUAGUCAUAUCAGCGUAUUGUCUAUUCUUCAGCUCAUUCAGGAUAAAAGUGACAACGAAAACCGACUUACUAGUCGAGUCCUGGCUUGUUAUACUAAGAAUCGCCAUAGCGAUUUGUACAUCUGUUUACCUAAAGCAGUUAAUAAGCGAUAUUUUAUCCGUAGAAGACGACACGCAUAUAUGGGAGUUGUUGUAUUCGAAAUUCUCGAAUUAUAAAACUUUCCACACGCUAAUAUAUACGUGUUCGGAAGUAUUCGAUUUUCUACCUCUAACGUCUGUUGUUAACUACACAAAAACGUGUCUCCUGCCGCUUGUGAUGUUUUCUUGUGUAAAUGUAGUAUUCUUCUGGAUGGAAAACGGCUUGAAAGACGCUGAGGCUUAUAGAAAGGGCGUGAAAGCUGAAAGCGAGAAUAAAGGUGAAGAAAAAGCUGAAAGUGUCAUAAAAGAAGACACAGACGACAGUGGCAUAGAGAAUAACGCUGAAACAUUUGUGAAGAAGAAGAAACGCCUGGACUUGGACUUGUUAGAGAGAGUUAAAGUGAAAAAUGAAGAAAAGAAGGAAGUUUUAAAAGAUAAUUUAAUAGUGUUUUUGAAAGUGUUGAAUGUGGACCCAGCCAUUUUCUACAAUAUAUCACAGAUGGUCGUGUUCGGGGUCAUGGCGGGGCUGAUAAUGAGACUGAAGCUGUUGUUUGGGACACAAAUGUGCAUCGUGUCUUCUCUCAUAGUCAAUACUAAAUAUGAAAUGAGGUACCAGACCUGGUUGACGAGGCUCAUCUUCUGGGCGCUGUCGGCGUCGUUUCUCAUUCAGAAGUUGUACGACAACAUAACCGAGGAGAUGUCACAAGUUGGUGAAUUCUCGGACGUGCAACAGGAAGAGCUUCUGGAAUGGAUAUCGAGAGAGACUAGUUCGGGAGCAGUGUUCGCAGGUUCGAUGCCCAUCUUGGCAACCGUGAUGCUGACCACGCGACGAGCUAUCGUCGCUCAUCCGCACUACGAACAUGCGGACGCUAGGGAGCGUGUGUAUGCUGUAUAUAAGAUGUAUGGCAGAUUCUCCCCUCAGGAGUUGUACCAGGAACUGACCAAGUUAAAAGCCACAUACCUCAUUGUGGAGAAGAAGUACUGCUACGGACGAAGCAGAUUAGGCUGUUCCUUCCAGAAUAUCUGGGACAUAGAAGCGCCGUCGUAUACAGGGCGUCCUAAAUUGUGCCACACGCUACUUACGAAACCAACAGACCACUUAUACAGGGUGUUCACUAAUGAGGAGUAUGCAGUUUUUAGAGUCCAUGAUCUCAGUGUCAGAUACAUGCCUCGUAUUUUCGACACUUGACACGCGGUUUUUGAGCCACAUCCUGUCAACAUAGACUGAUUAGCUGUACUAAGGGCAUGCCAACGGGUUUAUUAAGAGGGUGAUUCGAUCAUAUAUAUGAGUACAUGCACAGUUUUCAACUUUUUAGGAGCCAUUUUUUAAAGGCACCGUCAUAUGGAGUUGUUUAUAACAGCAAUGUAGUAUAUUACCCGAUAAUCGACUAAAUACCUAUAGAUUAAUAAUCGGUUAUUUACUAAUCCCUUAAAUAAACUAAAUACUUAUAGGCCUAUCUAUGGUAUUGAUACUAUUAUCAUAUCGAUUUUACAAUCGAUAGUACCGAUAUAAUUAAUAACAUCUAACAAUAAUUAAUCGACAUAAUUGUAGAAUUUCCAAUAUCGAUUUAAUUGAUAUUAUCGAGACUAUCGAUAUUUAGAUUAUUUUGGGAUAAAUAAUCGAUAAUUGAUUAUUUGGCAACACUACAGCGAUGUGUCGCUUUUCGAUAGUUUUCUCUGUUACAUAAGGUAUUCGGGGUACAAAUAGAGCAUAGUAUCCCGCUAGCCACAAGUCGGUAGUGUGACUAGGGAUCGAUCCAACGGUGUUAUGUUGGAAGUUGUAUAUAUGCGUCCCGGUGUGCAAACUUCGUUAGCGCGUUCUAGGCCAUCUGUCAACGCCAUCUGUUGUAAAUAAGCGGAACUACUUGGUCAACUAGUUGGGUCGAUCACAGCCGUACGACACUACAGACUUUUUCUAAAUACUUGAAGUGAAUACAUCAGAAUUGACGCGAGGAUGAUAUUUUGUUUGAUCUAAGCAUGGAACUGUGCAUCUGCCAAUAUAUAUGAUCGAAGAAUGAGGAUAAAAACUAGAAACUGAAAUGUAAGCGGCAACACUGUUGAGUGUUCCUAAAUUUUGACAGUGAAGAAAUAGGUAAAUAAUAUGGAUAUAUUUGGGUUGUAUAAAUGAAUAUAAGGAGCGGGAAAAUGGCGUCGUUCUUGCUAGUCCAUUUUGUUUUCUAUUGUUUUCUUUUGUUUUAUGAUAAAAAAGUUACAUCCCGUUUUCGCUAGAUGGCGCUUGUCUGUGACAGACAGUUUUCCAAACAAUCCAGCUAACAUUUGUGAUAAAUUGCUACAAAAUGUGGAGCAACGUGAAGUGUACCUCGUCUGAAAGAUCGAAGUUUCUAAGUUAUCUUCUUUCCGAUCUUUAGGGCAUAAAUGUAACACUAUGAUUUUACAGUUAAACGCUUCGCAAAGGGUUACAGUGUCAAAAUAUAACCAAAACAAUAUGUUUGUUAACUCAAAUAGUAUGGGGAACUGACAAAUUUAAGAACACACAACAGUGGCGAUGCUAAGUCCGGUUAGCACCGUAAGCGCGACUCUUUCUCGCCUCGACAUACGUCACUCUCUCACAGUAGUGCACAGAAAGAGACAGAUGAUCUCUGUCGCGGCGAGAAAGAGUCGCGUGCUUACGGUGCUAAGCCCGCUGAUGGGAGAAAUAGGCAGUUUUUAUCUUCAUUGGUGUAAAAAAACUGUUAGUGCGGACACAAAUAUACUUUUAGGUUGACAGUUCUUGAAGUAGUGCCGUCCUUCACUUACAAUAAGUGCAAGAAAGGGAUAGAGCUAGUUUUAGUCCUGCCAAACUAAUGAAUGUAAAGUUUGUCCAGCCAGUAUCUACACUAUUACACAACCAUUAUGAAUCGUCACUAUGAUUACUUAAAAAAAUGGCGAAACAUAACCUUAAUUAAUGAAAAGUUAUUUUUGUAAUGUUCUUGUUACUAAGAUGUCGUUCAGUUAGUGUUUUGUUUAAAAUUAUAGCUAUACGAUAAGAAAUAAUACUGUGUGUGGAACGGUAACCCUCUGUCCCGCACUAAACGGCGUUAUGGUAUAAGAAGACGUAUGCUCAAAACUGACAGCCAGCAUUUCAAGGUUAACCCACCUGACGUCAUCCGACCCUGUGUUGCCAUUUCGUAAAAAAUAAAUUACCCACGUCCAAUGUGAUUAAUUUACUUUGCAAGGAUUUUUUUUGUACAUUUAGUAAAAGAUUUACGUACAGUUUUAAUGAUAUUUAUAUAAUAUGUGACUAACAAUAGUAAUUAAAUACGUUAGUAAUUCACUCAAUUUUCAAUAAUAAAAUUUAUGUCCUUGGAAUGUUGGAGAUAUCAAUUUAAUGGUAACACUUACGUCAUCAAUGGGCUAGCAAUGGCGGCUUGUCAUAGGAUUGAGCAUACCUGUGGGUUUAGCACCGUAAGCACGCGCCUCUUUCUCGCCGCGACAGAGAUCGUCUGUCUCUUUCUGUGCAGUACUGUGAGAGAGUGAUGGGUGAUGUGUGUCGAGGCGAGAAAGAGCCGCGCUUACGGUGCUAAGCUUGCUGGUCUUCUUAAACCAUGCAUCAUUGUAUUAAUUUUAACAUUCUAUUUUUCUCUUACAUUAAUCGGGAGUUUCCUACAACACAUCAUAGCAUCAUGCCUCGAAGGGGUAGGCAGGGUUGUAUAGAAUUUACUCAUUAAGUCCCAUGUUAUAGGGGCGAGCCUAUUUUUUACAGACUUCAAAAAAGGAGGAGGUUCUCAAUUCGACCGUAUUUUUUUUUAUGUUUGUUCGGGCAUAACUUCGUCGUAUAUGAACCGAUUUUUUAUUGAGGUGUUGUUUUACGAAGGCAGUUACUCUAACUAAUAUGUAGAAAUAGUUUUGUUGCAUUUAAAUUAAUAAUUGUACAGGGUGUUAGUAAGUUUCCGUCGUAAAAGUAUGGAACUGAAAAUAAUUUAAAAAAAAAAACGAGUUUUUGAUGAGUUUUGCGACGGAAAAUUCCACUUGAUUCGUGAGCCGGAUCUCUCAGUAUCCGGUACGUUGUCACUAACGUCUUCUAUGUAGCAAAUAAUAGAAAAUUACUUUAAAACGUAAAUAAUCUCAUGAAGAUGAGGCCUAAGGUUGUUAGUAGUGUCUACCUUUCUCAGGUUGGGUUGUAGAGUUGUACAGUCAUGAGCAAUAUAAUGUACCCACUUUAGGACACUGUCGCACUAACAUAUUUGACAUUUAGUGAGAAUUACAGUUCAAUUUGUCGAAAAAGUUAAUGUGACAUGGUACCAAAGUGUAUACAUAUUAAUGCUCGUGACCGUAAGUCAUCAUCACUAAUUUAAGAGCCACGCUCUUGUCGGUAUAGCAUUCAUCUCCAUGCUACUUUUUAGGGAAAAAUAGGGCCGUGGUGUCCCCCUUCCCUUCUGCCCCUGCUUCUUGGGUUGUAGGUGCGACUUCUCAAUUCCUGUUGACUUUUGUAGUCCACCAUAAUGUAAGGUUGUUGUGGCAAAUAUUCUUUAUUCUCGGGUUAAUAGCAGGAGUGUUAUGGAUAUGAAGUUUCGGAUAUGCAUAUAGGACUUUUUUACCAGUUACGGAUAUUAAAUAAUUUCGGAUUGUCCGUUAGUUUUGGUCAUGGAUAGCUAUUAGAUUUUUAAGGAAUUAUAAAUUUUAAUUUAAAUUUCUUCGAAUACCGGAAGUCAUUCUCAUUACCGUGAACGGAAAAUUAUCUUAAAAAUCUUUUAAGUUUUUAUGUUUUUACACUUCCUAAAAACAUAAAAACUUAAAAGAUUUUUAAGAUAUUUUUCGUUGAAUGCUUUGUCUUCUGUAUUUCCAAAUGCAUAUAACUCGGGUGCUUUCAAGGCCAGAGUGAACAGGCACCUUCUGGGCGAGCUCGCUCCAUCUUAGGCCUAACAAGUCUGGGGCCAAGAGCAAAUCCAUCAAUGGUAAAAAAAGUAUUACCAAUUUACGUAAGCUCUAACUGGAAAUUUGAAAUGAGACUAACACGUUAACGGCAAUGAGAUGGACCACCAGUAUUUGAAGAUCUACCCUCCGCCCAUAUCCGAAAUUACUUGAAACUUUUAUAUCGAAUAGAAAUUUAUUUUCGGAUAUCCAGUAAUUUCGGUUAUAGAGCUCCGUAUCCGUGACAUUCCUGGUUUAAGUUCCUUCCUUAUAUCUAUGUAAAGUAUUAAACCUCAUGUGAUUUAAUGUUGUGUAUCUUAUAAUAAAUAAACUAUAAUAAAGUUAUUCUGCAUAA